AUGGAAGAACUUACGGCUUUUGUAUCCAAAUCUUUUGACCAGAAAAGCAAAGAGAGCAGCGGCGGCAGUGGCAGCAGCAACAAGAAGGAGACGAUCACGUACAGGGAAGUUUUGGAGAGUGGGUUGGCUCGCUCUAGGGAGCUUGGAAACUCUGACUCUAACCUGCAGGACAUGACCGAGAGCAGCAACCAUUGCCCGGUGCAUCUUUUCAAAGACCACGUAGAGAGCGACAAGGACAAACUGAAGGAGUUCAGCACGGGCAGGACGGCGGAAGGGAUCUACGAGUGCAAAGAGAAGAGGGAAGAUGUGAAGUCAGAAGAUGAAGAUGGACAGACCAAGCUCAAACAAAGGAGAAGCAGAACCAAUUUCACACUAGAGCAGCUGAAUGAGCUGGAAAGACUUUUUGAUGAGACUCACUAUCCGGAUGCCUUCAUGAGGGAGGAACUAAGCCAGAGGCUGGGACUGUCUGAAGCUAGGGUUCAGGUCUGGUUCCAGAACAGGAGAGCAAAGUGCCGAAAGCAGGAAAACCAGAUGCACAAAGGUGUGAUCCUGGGAACCGCCAGCCAUUUAGACGCCUGCAGAGUGGCCCCCUAUGUGAAUAUGGGAGCCCUGAGGAUGCCUUUCCAACAGGUCCAGGCGCAGCUGCAGCUGGAGGGCGUGGCCCACGCGCACCCGCACCUGCACCCGCACCUGGCGGCCCACGCGCCCUACCUGAUGUUCCCGCCGCCGCCCUUCGGGCUGCCCAUCGCCUCCCUGGCGGAGUCCGCCUCCGCCGCCGCCGUGGUGGCCGCCGCCGCCAAGAGCAACAGCAAGAACUCCAGCAUCGCCGACCUGCGGCUGAAGGCCCGGAAGCACGCCGAGGCCCUGGGGCUCUGA